GUAUAGAGUCUGCUGCUCUAGGUGCUGGUGAGGCUGCUGCUCUAGGUGCUGGUGCGUCUCCUGCUCCAGGUGCCGGUGAGGCUGCUGCUCUAGUCGCUAGUGAGUCCACUGCUCCAGGUGCUGGUGAGUCUGCUCUCUCUGGUGCUGCGCCUGCUGUGGUCUUGCACACCUUCACCCUUGACUCGGGUGCUUCCCGCUCCUUCUUUCGAGACCGCACCACACUCACGCUGCUUAGUCGGCCGGUUGCAGUCUCCCUGGUAGACCCCUCUGGGGGUCCUGUCCUUGCCCACUACUCCACUGUCCUACCGUGUCCGGCGGCCCCUUCUAGCUCCCUGUCCGGUCAUUACCUUCCCUCGUUCUCUACGAACUUGGUAGCUGCGUCGGGUCAGGUGUUUGCUGCAGCGUCCACGUCUGGUCCUGAGUCUGCCCCCUGCUCGUGUCGUCUCCUGUCUCACCAGACUCUCCUCUGGCACCACCGCCUUGGUCACCCCUCCCUGUCUCGUCUCCGAGGCAUGGCCUCCCGUGUCCUUGUCUCUGGUCUCCCCCGGUCCCUCCCUCCCCUUCCCCCGGGGCCUACCCCUACCUGUAUUCCCUGCGUCGAGGGGCGACAGCGCGUUGCUCCUCACUCCUCUGAGUUUCCUCCAACAGAGGCUCCGCUGCAGACUCUCCACAUGGACGUGUGGGGCCCAGCCCGCGUCCGUGGACAGGGUCACGAGCGUUACUUCCUGUUGGUGGUUGACGACUACUCGCGUUACACCACAGCCUUCCCCUUGCGCAGCAAGGGUGAGGUCACUGAGGUGUUGAUCAACUGGAUCCGCGCUGCCCGUCUCCAGCUCAAAGAGAGUUUCGGCUCGGACUUUCCUGUUCUGCGUCUGCACUCCGACAGAGGUGGAGAGUUUUCCUCCGACCUUCUGCGAGCCUUCUGUCGUGCACGAGGCAUCCGCCAAACGUUCACGCUUCCGGCCUCUCCACAGCAAAAUGGGAUUGCUGAGCGCCGCAUUGGCAUGGUCAUGGACGUCGCUCGUACGUCCAUGAUCCAUGCGGCUGCUCCCCAUUUUCUGUGGCCGUUCGCGGUUCACUACGCGGCGCAUCAGAUCAACCUUCAGCCCCGGGUCACCGUGCCGGAGACCUCCCCUACUCUGCGGUGGACGGGGAAGGUUGGCGAUGCGUCUGCGUUUCGUGUCUGGGGAUCUCGAGCUUUCGUCCGCGACUUGUCUGCGGACAAGCUGUCCUCCCGUGCUGUUCCCUGUGUCUUCCUUGGCUUCCCCCCUGACGCGACUGGUUGGCAGUUUUACCACCCCACCUCGCGCCGUGUUCUGUCCUCCCAGGACGUCACGUUUGACGAGUCGGUUCCUUACUACCGUCUCUUCCCCUACCGCGCUGCCCCCCUCCCCCCCCUGCCACACUUCCUCGCGCCAGGUCCCCCCCCGGUAGACCCCCUCCACCCUCAGGGUCCUGCCCCCUCAGGUGUGUCUCAGCCCGAGCGUGCGGAGCCUGGGGGUGCUGGGUCUGGGGGUGCUUAG